CAAGACGCGGAAAUGUCCCUAGAUCCGGACGCCUCAGGCAUCUAGUGAUAUCAUCCCGCAACCAUCGUCAUCGUCAGCUCCAUCUCACGACCAACACCAGCAGCCCAAGGACAUUUUUCUGUUCAGUCGCAGCAUUCACAGAUACACAAAUACACCAAAUACUAUUUUCAAGCUAUAGACCAUUUAUAUUUUCUCUAAAGACGCCAUGAAAUAAGAAAAAUAAUACGAAAUGCAACAAGUCACCUCCCUCUUCAAAGGCAAACAGGCCCAACAGCCCGCCACGAACCGUCGCAAAUCGCACGAUCCCGUUCUGACGACUGAGGACGAGGCAUUCUUGCGAAAUGUUACCUCUGAGGAGUUGCAGAGUGGCCUAGGGGCUGGAGCGCCAACAGAGGCUGGUACUGGUGCUGGGGAACAGCCGCCGGCUUCUGGUUCCACAGAGGUACAUCCUCCGGGCCCGAUCUCGCCGGUUGAGGAAUUUGGAAGAGAGCUUGGAGAACAGGAGCGGAGAAAGUCGCUUGUUGAGGCUGGUGGUACUGCUACUACUGCAGAGCCUGAGACGAAUGGGAAGACGAAGCGGGUCGCGAGUCCGGAGAAGAAGAAGAGGCCUUGGAGUUUUAUUUGGAAGAAGGGGGAUAAGAAGUCACCAGAGACAGAAACAGCCCCGGCCCCAGAGUCCUCGUCACCCCCCAAAGAUACCAUCACAGACGACAAAGAAAUCAAGCAAGAAAACGAAGACAUGACUGAGAUCCUCGACCGCCUAAACCUCGCCGCAGACAACAACAAAGUCUUCUCAAUCAGCGACGAAACCCAAGAACUCCUCCGCAAGUUCAAGCUCAUCUUCAAGGACCUCAUCAACGGCGUCCCCACAGCCUACCACGACCUCGAAAUGCUCCUCACAAACGGCAACCGCCAGCUCCAGGAUACAUAUUCGAACCUACCAAGCUUCCUGCAGAAACUCAUCGAAAAGCUUCCCGAGCGAUGGACGGAGACGUUGGCGCCCGAGAUGCUCGCUGUUGCUGCGGAGCGGGCGAGUCAGAGCGGGAUGAAUGUUGAAAAUAUUGGCAAGGCGGCCGCUGCUGCGAAUAAGAUGGGGAUUCAGAUACCUAGUUUGAAGGAGCUGGUUGGGAAGCCGGCCGCCAUUGUGGGGAUGCUCCGGUCUAUCAUGGCGUUCCUUAGGGCUCGGUUCCCGGCUGUGCUGGGGAUGAAUGUUCUUUGGUCGUUGGCGCUGUUUAUUUUGCUAUUCGUCCUCUGGUACUGCCACAAGCGUGGCCGCGAAGUCCGUCUCGAGAAUGAGCGUCUUGUCACUGAAGAGGAAAUCGAAAAGAUGAACCAGGAGACCUCUGACGGCACGGUGCCUCAGAUCCGCAGUACGGAGACACUCACAACCACUGCCGCGCAGGGCGCCUCAAUUGAAGAAGUUCGACAGGGGAUUAAGGAUGCGCAAAAAUCGCGGGAAGAGAAAACACUACCAUCUGCUUCCGCUUCCGUUUCCGCUGCAGCAGAGGGUGAGAACAAGAACCCCGAAGAAGAUAAGCCCAGCGGAAUCGAGAACGAGCCUCUCAGAAACGAACCCAUCAAGCCAACGAGGUCGAAAUCGAUUUUGUCGAUUUUCGGAAGAAGGGAUAGUGCCGCUUCGACGCCUUCUACCAGCAAGGUUGCGCCUUAUCCCGGGACAUGACUGAUGAUGGAUGAAAUCUAUGAGAAAUGUUGAAUGCUUCUAUGAUGCUUGCUUACCUAGGUAAUGAUGCGUUACGGCUGGCUUUAUGGCUAGGCCUAUGACCUACGGUUUAUGAUUUGAUACCAUUGAGGGAUUUGGUUUACUUACUUCAAUAAUAGCUGCAAUAUACGUGC